CCCCGGGCCCGGUCCCUCGCCGGUCCCUCGGUGCUCCCCGGGCCGCGCCACCGAGCCCGGCCGGGGCCGCUGCCUGCGCCAGGUGAAGGCGCUGCGUGCCCCGGGUCCGUCCUUGCCCGCGCACCGGGCAGCGCCGCCCCCGCCGCCCUUGGCCCGUCGUGCCCCUCCGGCCGGAGGGACCCCCGGCCCCGCUGGGUGCCGGGCUGGACACCGCUGCCCACCCGGUGCCCGGAGAUCCCCCGCCCAUGGAGUCUGAGAUGCUGCAGUCGCCUCUGCUGGGGCUCGGGGAGGAGGAUGAGUCCGACCUGACGGACUGGAACUUGCCCCUGGCCUUCAUGAAGAAAAGGCACUGCGAGAAGAUCGAAGGCUCCAAGUCUUUGGCUCAGAGCUGGAGGAUGAAGGACCGGAUGAAGACUGUCAGUGUUGCCUUAGUUUUGUGCCUCAACGUCGGCGUGGACCCCCCAGACGUGGUGAAAACAACUCCCUGUGCCCGCCUGGAGUGCUGGAUUGAUCCUCUGUCCAUGGGGCCUCAGAAAGCUCUGGAGACCAUCGGGGCCAACCUGCAGAAGCAGUAUGAGAACUGGCAGCCCAGGGCCAGGUACAAGCAGAGCCUGGACCCCACGGUGGACGAGGUGAAGAAGCUGUGCACGUCCCUGCGCCGCAACGCCAAGGAGGAGCGCGUGCUGUUCCACUACAACGGGCACGGCGUGCCCCGGCCCACCGUCAACGGGGAGAUCUGGGUCUUCAACAAGAACUACACCCAGUACAUCCCCCUGUCCAUCUACGACCUGCAGACCUGGAUGGGGAGCCCUUCCAUCUUCGUCUACGACUGCUCCAACGCUGGCCUCAUUGUCAAGUCCUUCAAGCAGUUUGCACUACAGAGAGAGCAGGAGCUGGAGGUGGCUGCCAUUAACCCCAACCACCCCCUUGCCCAGAUGCCUCUGCCCCCCUCCAUGAAGAACUGCAUCCAGCUGGCAGCCUGUGAGGCCAACGAGCUGCUGCCCAUGAUCCCCGACCUGCCUGCAGACCUGUUCACCUCCUGCCUCACCACCCCCAUCAAGAUUGCUCUGCGCUGGUUCUGCAUGCAGAAGAGUGUCAGGCUGGUGCCAGGAGUCACGCUGGAUUUAAUAGAGAAGAUUCCUGGGAGGCUGAACGACAGGAGAACCCCCCUGGGGGAGCUGAACUGGAUCUUCACAGCCAUCACUGACACCAUUGCCUGGAACGUCCUGCCCAGAGAUCUGUUCCAGAAGCUCUUCCGGCAGGACCUGCUGGUGGCCAGCUUGUUCCGGAACUUUCUGCUGGCAGAGAGGAUCAUGAGGUCCUACAACUGCACCCCCGUGAGCAGCCCCAGGCUGCCCCCCACCUACAUGCACGCCAUGUGGCAAGCCUGGGACCUUGCUGUUGACAUUUGCCUCUCCCAGCUGCCCACCAUCAUCGAGGAGGGAACUGCCUUCAGGCACAGCCCCUUCUUCGCCGAGCAGCUCACGGCAUUCCAGGUGUGGCUGACCAUGGGCGUGGAGAACCGCAACCCCCCGGAGCAGCUGCCCAUCGUGCUGCAGGUGCUGCUGAGCCAGGUGCACCGGCUGCGAGCGCUGGAUCUGCUGGGGAGGUUCCUGGACCUGGGGCCCUGGGCUGUCAGUCUGGCCCUCUCUGUUGGCAUCUUCCCCUAUGUGCUGAAGCUCCUGCAGAGCUCAGCCCGUGAGCUGAGGCCUCUCCUUGUGUUCAUCUGGGCCAAGAUCCUGGCAGUGGACAGUUCGUGCCAGGCUGACCUGGUGAAGGACAAUGGGCACAAGUAUUUCCUCUCAGUCCUGGCAGAUCCCUACAUGCCAGCUGAGCACAGGACCAUGACAGCUUUCAUCCUGGCUGUGAUUGUCAACAACUACAACACGGGGCAGGAAGCCUGCCUGCAGGGGAACCUGAUAGCGAUCUGCCUGGAGCAGCUGAACGAUCCCCACCCGCUCCUCAGGCAGUGGGUGGCCAUUUGUCUGGGGAGGAUCUGGCAGAACUUCGACUCAGCCAGGUGGUGUGGAGUGAGAGACAGCGCCCAUGAGAAGCUCUACAGCCUCCUCUCAGAUCCCAUCCCCGAGGUUCGCUGUGCUGCAGUCUUUGCCCUGGGCACGUUCGUGGGGAACUCUGCGGAGCGCACGGACCACUCGACCACCAUCGACCACAACGUGGCCAUGAUGCUGGCCCAGCUCAUCAACGAUGGCAGCCCCAUGGUCCGCAAGGAGCUGGUGGUGGCCCUGAGUCACCUGGUGGUUCAGUACGAGAGCAACUUCUGCACCGUGGCCUUGCAGUUCAUAGAAGAGGAGAAGAAUUAUCCUCUCCCUUCUCCUGCUGCUCCAGAGGGCGGGAGCCUGACCCCGGUGCGGGACGGGCCCUGCACGCCGCGGCUGCGCUCCGUCAGCUCCUACGGCAACAUCCGCGCCGUGACCAGCGCCAGGAGCCUCAACAAGAGCCUGCAGAACCUCAGCCUCAACGAGGAGACUGGGAGCUCUGUGGCCUUUUCCCCUGGGAACCUGAGCACGAGCAGCAGUGCCAGCAGCACGCUGGGCAGCCCCGAGAACGAGGAGUACAUCCUGUCCUUCGAGACCAUCGACAAGAUGAGAAGAGUCAGCUCCUACUCCUCCCUCAACUCCCUCAUCGGUGUGAGUUUCAACAGUGUUUAUACCCAAAUUUGGAGAGUGCUGCUUCACCUGGCUGCUGACCCCUAUCCCGACGUGUCUGACCUGGCCAUGAAGGUUCUCAACAGCAUUGCCUACAAGGCCACGGUCAACGCUCGCCCCCAGCGCAUCCUGGACACCUCCUCGCUGACCCAGUCGGCCCCCGCCAGCCCCACCAACAAGGGGAUGCACAUCCACCAAGUGGGAGGGUCCCCUCCAACCACGAGCACGAGCAGCUCCAGCCUGACCAACGAGGUGCCCAAGCCGGCGGUGAGCCGGGAGCUGGCGUCCGCGCGCCCCAGCGUCAGCAACGUGGGCGUGCAGUACACCCCCCACUCCCACCAGUUCCCCAGGACGAGGAAAAUGUUUGACAAAGGCCCAGAGCAGACAGCUGAUGAUGCCGAUGAUGCCGUGGGACACAAGAGCUUCAUCUCGGCCGCGGUGCAGACGGGGUUCUGCGACUGGAGCGCCAAGUACUUCGCCCAGCCCGUGAUGAAGAUCCCCGAGGAGCACGACCUGGAGAGCCAGAUCCGCAAGGAGCGGGAGUGGCGCUUCCUGCGCAACGCGCGAGUGCGCAAGCAGGCGCAGAAGAUCAUCCAGAAGGGCAUCUCCCGGCUGGACGAUCAGAUCUUCCUCAACAGGAACCCAGGCGUGCCCUCCGUGGUGAAGUUCCACCCCUUCACCCCCUGCAUCGCUGUGGCUGACAAGGACAGCAUCUGCUUUUGGGACUGGGAGAAGGGGGAGAAGCUGGAUUACUUCCACAACGGGAACCCCCGGUACACGCGGAUCACGGCCAUGGAGUACCUGAACGGGCAGGACUGCUCCCUGCUGCUCACUGCCACAGACGAUGGUGCCAUCAGAGUGUGGAAGAACUUUGCAGACCUGGAGAAGAACCCAGAGAUGGUGACAGCCUGGCAGGGGCUGUCAGACAUGCUGCCAAGCACACGAGGUCUGGCCCGCAGGGUGUCCAUCUACCUGGACAGAAGCAAGCAGGGAGGAGCAGGGAUGGUGGUGGACUGGGAGCAGGAGACUGGGCUGCUGAUGACCUCUGGAGACGUGAGGAUCAUCCGGAUCUGGGACACGGACCGGGAGAUGAAAGUUCAGGACAUUCCCACGGGAGCUGACAGCUGUGUCACCAGCCUGUCCUGCGACUCCCACCGCUCGCUGAUCGUGGCAGGGCUGGGCGAUGGCUCCAUCCGAGUCUUCGACAGGAGGAUGGCCCUGAGCGAAUGCCGUGUCAUGACCUACCGUGAGCACACAGCCUGGGUGGUGAAGGCUUACCUGCAGAAGCACCCCGAGGGCAACAUCAUGAGUGUCAGUGUCAACGGGGACGUGCGCUUCUUCGACCCCCGCAUGCCCGAGUCCAUGAAGGUGCUGCAGAUUGUCAAGGGGCUCACGGCCCUGGACAUCCACCCCCAGGCCAACCUGUUUGCUUGUGGCUCCAUGAACCAGUUCACUGCCAUCUACAACGGGAAUGGGGAGCUCAUCAACAACAUCAAGUACUACGAUGGCUUCAUGGGCCAGAGAGUGGGAGCCAUCAGCUGCCUGGCCUUCCACCCUCACUGGCCCCACCUGGCCGUCGGCAGCAAUGACUUCUACAUCUCGGUGUACUCGGUGGAGAAGAGGAUCAGAUGACGGCCCCAGGGGGGGCUCCUGUACAUAGAGAAAUCAUCGACUUGAAUGUUUCGUGUUGGCUGCUGCUGCACCCCAUAACUUGAACAUUUGUUCUUCUGACUUAGCUACUGAUGGGUUUGACAAGGGGAAGAGACAAUCUCCUGGUUUUGUUUUGUUUUGUUUUCCAGCUAUAUCCUCUCAAAGCUACAGAAAAGGAACAUUUAUUUUUGUUUCCAGUGGUUGGCUUCUCUGUCAGAAACACGGCUCCUGAGCUCCCAAGGACUUGGAUGAGGCAACGCCCUUGAGAAGGGUCUCAUUUUAGUCUUUGUUCCUUGUUGUGCUGCACUGUGGGUUCUUCAAGGACUGUCAGGACUCACCUCCAGCUCCACAGGACCCUCCAGCUGCUGCCAGCCCUGUGCCAAACCCAACUGCUGGGCCAGGGCACCACCCCAGCGUGGGAUGCAGGUGCCAGGGAGGCAGGGCAGCGUGAGCCUCCUCCUCCUCCUCCCUGCCUGCAGCUGCUCUCCCUGGAAGCGAGGACAGAGGGGACCUGGCGGCCUGGGCAGGCAGGGGUCCAGCAGGAAGGGGCUCAGGGGAUGGCAGGAGCAGGGCAGGAUGUCCCACGCCCUAAAGCUGCGUGUGAGGAAGAGGAGGGCAGAAAGGGAGCGAAGAUCUCCAACGUCCCAACGAGCCUGGAGCACAUCACUGGUGUCACCAGCUUCCAGCCAGGCCCAGGGUGCCCGUGGGGAGCUGGGGGCACAUCGGGCACUGCUGCCACUGUCCCUGUGCCACCUGCACGGCCACCGUGCCCCUCCUGCUCCCUGUGCUCCCCACGGCUGCUGGGCACCAGGAGAGGCCAGGCCUGGGCACCAGGAGCUGCACACCUGGAGCUGCACACCUGGAGCUGCACACCACGGCUGGGGCUCACCUGCCCCUCUGGGAGCAGGCAUGGGAGCACCUGGGCAUGGAGAAUGAGGAGGAGGAGGAGGAAGGCAGCUCUGAGCUCCCUCGUCCCAGCUGUCCAGGCAAGGCCUGCUCCAUCUCUGCACCUUCCAUGUGUGAACAAUGAAUGUUUUGUCCCCUGGGAUCUGUUCUGGGGCUGGGUGUGGGAAGGCAGAGCACAGCCAGGGGACAGGUUUCCUUCCAGAGGGGCAGAACUCACUCACUGCAGGAAUUGCCAGUGUUCCCCCAGCAGUGCCAUGGGACUGGGGGAACUGAUCUGCAGCUCCAGCAGAGUCAGGGAGGGCUCAGAACCCUCUGUGAGUGAGCUGAGGGGAACACAGGGAAGGGCUCAGAUCCCCUCUGAACUGCCAGCUGUGCAGGGGGAACGCAGUGAAUGAAGGGCUCAGAACCCUCUGUCAGUGAACUGAGGGGAUGCAGUGAGAGAAGGCUCAGAACUUUGUGCCAGCUGUGCAGAGGGGAUCGUGUAUUGAGGGAAGGCUCAGAGCCCUCUGUCCCUGUGCUGGCCGUGGCUGCCCCGUGCCCCCCGUGCUGCUGCUGGCCCUGGCACCGUGUCCCUGCGUGCCCCCCAGCCCUGCCUGGAGAGGUCCCAGGCACGGCCUGGAGCCACUUUGGGUGCCCCGAGCACCAUCCCCGCCAGGGGUCCCAUCCCAGGAUAACCAAUCAAAGGCUUUAAACUCCAAAACUACCUAAAACCCCACGUGUAAGUUACCCAGAGUUAAUUAUGGUCUAACAGAGCUGUGCCUCGUCCCGGGCCGCCCGCGGGGGUGGGAGCAGAGUUUGGGAUCUCACGUAACCCUUAACAUUCACAGCUUCAAAAAAAAAAUGGAUUUUUAACUCGUAUCAGUGUGUUUGUGAAAGGAACAGGACAUUCCUGGCAUGUGGGAGCUGCUGCUGCUGCCUGGCUCUGGUGCAGCCCCACGCCCAGGAUGGGGAAUUUUAAGGAAUUUUUGGGCUUUUACCUGAGCGUGUGUGGGCUGUGCUUCCACAGGUCUGAUGCAGAGAUUCAAUCAUGGGAUCACAGAGUUUAACCAAGGGUCUGGAGAGCGUCCUACCUUAAAAGUUCACUUAUCUCUAUUUAUUUUACAAAAAUAAAGUUUAAGAAAAAAUAUAUAAAACCCCCCACACGAUUGUAAUGUGAGAGUAAAAACGAUUACAGACAAAUAAAUGGUUAAUAAAAAAUAA